ACGCGCUCCCGGUACGUGUGUGUGAACCGCUCGCAGGAGAGGUGGUUGUUCGUCGCAUCAUAGUGUGCCGCCGGUGCCGGUGUGCCCCCUCCCGCACUUGCGAUUACUGCAGCCUGCAACCGCCUUCCCUGUCCAAACGCGUUCCGUGCUUGCUCAGGAACGGCCACCCUCUGCGGCUCUGCCUGCUUGCUCCUCCUGCCUCCUUUGCAGUCCAGCGUACUCUCUCUCUCUCUCUCUCUCUCUCUCUCUCUCUCUCUCUCUCUCGUCCGCCAUGGAUGCCGCUACGGAUUAGCGUACCACCCUCUCAGGCCGAGCCCCCAGGAGCUUCGUCCUCGAGUACCAAGUUACUCCGGGACAAAAUGAGGCUGGUUUUCUGGCCUUGGAUUUCGCUAUUCUUCACUUUUGUUGCAUCAUCUUGGAGUUUGAGUUCAGAUGGCCAAGCUCUUCUUGCUCUGUCGAAAAAUCUCAUACUACCAAGUUCCGUAAGUUCUAGCUGGAGUGCUUCUGAUGCAACUCCAUGUACAUGGAAUGGAGUUAGUUGCAAUAAAAGAAACAGAGUGGUUUCCCUUGACCUGUCAUCAUCGAAAGUUUCAGGUUCACUAGGACCUGAAAUAUGUCGUCUGAAAUACCUGCAAAUUCUCAGUUUAUCUGGUAACAACAUAUCCGGUUCAAUCCCUCCAGAAUUGGGGAACUGCAGCAUGCUUGAACAAUUGGAUCUCUCCCAAAAUUUCCUUUCUGGCAAUAUACCAGCAUCAAUGGGAAACCUCAAGAGAUUGUCACAGCUAACAUUGUACAGUAACUUGCUGAGUGGAACUAUACCAGAGGAGUUGUUCAAGAACCAGUUUCUGGAGCAAGUGUACCUCCAUUCCAAUCAGCUCAGUGGUUCGAUCCCCUUCUCGGUUGGUGAAAUGACAAGCCUUACGGCCUUGUGGUUGCAUGAGAAUAUGUUGUCUGGAGUUUUGCCCGCUUCGAUUGGCAACUGCACCAAGUUGGAGGUCCUCUAUCUAUUUGAUAAUCGACUGAGUGGCAGUCUUCCAGAAACCUUGAGCAAGAUCAAAGGCCUCAGGAUAUUUGAUGCCACAACCAAUAGCUUCACAGGAGAGAUCACUUUCAGUUUCGAGAACUGCAAGUUGGAAAUAUUCCUCUUGUCAUUCAAUAAUAUAAAGGGUGAAAUUCCAUCAUGGCUGGGGAGUUGCAGGAGCUUGACACAACUUGGACUUGUCAAUAAUAGCCUGUCUGGCAAAAUUCAAACUUCUCUCGGCUUAUUGAGCAACCUCACACAUCUUUUACUUUCUCAGAACUCCCUGUCUGGACCAAUCCCUCCUGAGAUCGGUAACUGUCAUUUGCUGGAGUGGCUAGAGUUGGAUGCAAACCAGCUGGAGGGCACUGUUCCUAAAGAAUUGGCACAUUUACGGAAAUUGUCAAAGCUCUUUUUGUACGAGAAUCGCCUCAUAGGAGACUUCCCUGAGAAUAUUUGGAGUAUCCCAACCCUUGAGAGCGUCCUUAUUUACAGUAACAGUUUCACGGGUAAGCUACCUUCAGUGUUAGCUGAGCUAAAGUACCUCCAGAACAUUACACUGUUUGAUAAUUUCUUCAGUGGAGUAAUACCACAAAAGCUGGGUGUUAAUAGCCGUUUGGUCCAGAUAGAUUUCACAAAUAACAGUUUUGUUGGUGGUAUCCCACCAAACAUUUGUUCAGGAAAAGCAUUGAGAAUUUUGGACCUAGGAUUCAAUCAUCUCAAUGGUAGCAUGCCAUACAAUAUUGUGGACUGCCCAAGUUUGGAGCGUCUCAUUCUCCAAAACAAUAAUCUUGAUGGGACUAUUCCGCAAUUUCGAAACUGUGCAAAUCUAAGCUUUAUAGAUCUGAGUCACAAUUCCUUGAGUGGUAGCAUUCCAGAAAGCUUAAGCAGAUGUGUACGUAUAACUGACAUAAACUGGUCAGCGAACAAGCUUUCAGGUGGAAUACCACCUGAAAUUGGAAAUCUACUGAAUCUGGGAAGACUUGAUCUCUCAGAUAACAUUCUACAUGGUUCGGUCCCUGUGCAAAUUGCCAACUGCUCCAAGUUGAAUUCACUUGAUCUGAGUUUUAACUCUUUGAAUGGUUCAGCACUCAGUACAGUAAGCAACCUGAAGUCUCUGUUGCAUCUACGGUUGCACGAGAAUAAAUUCAGUGGAGGCUUGCCUGAUUCUCUCUUGCACUUGGGUAUGCUUAUUGAGCUGCAACUUGGUGGCAAUAUUCUUGGGGGUAGUAUCCCUUCAGCAUUAGGAAGGUUGCUAAAACUAGGUACCUUAAAUCUUAGUGGCAAUGGUCUAGUGGGCGAUAUUCCACCGCAAUUGGGUAAUUUGGUGGAGCUGGUAAGUUUAGAUUUGUCAUUUAAUAAUCUCACAGGAGGCCUUGCUACAUUGGGAAGUCUACACAGUUUGCAUGCCUUGAAUGUUUCUUAUAACCAAUUUAGUGGACCAGUCCCAGAUAAUCUCCUAGUAUUUCUGAAUUCCACACCAAGUUCCUUUAGUGGAAAUCCAGGCCUCUGUAUCUCUUGCAGUACCAGUAACUCUUAUUGUAAGGGAACUGAUGUCUUGAAACCUUGUGGAGGAUCGAAGAAAAGAGGAGUACAUGGCCGAUUCAGGCUUGCUCUCAUAGUUCUUGGUUCAUUGUUUGGGGGAGCACUUGUGGUACUUGUACUCACCUGCAUCCUUCUGAAGUCUCGUGAUCAGAAGAACAGUGAGGAAUCAAUGAGUACUAUGCUUGAAGGUUCAUCCUCUAAAUUAAAUGAGGUUAUAGAGGCGACUGAAAAUUUUGAUGACAAGUAUAUUAUCGGCACUGGUGCUCAUGGAACUGUUUACAAGGCUACACUGAGGUCAGGAGAAGUGUAUGCUAUAAAGAAGCUUGUGAUUUCUGCACAUAAAGGUUCAUACAAAAGCAUGAUGAGAGAACUGAAGACAAUAUAUAAAAUUAAGCAUAGAAACUUGGUAAAGCUAAAAGAGUUUUGGUUGAGGAGUGAUGAUGGGUUCAUACUAUAUGAUUAUAUGGAUAAAGGCAGCCUUCAUGAUGUUUUGCACGUGAUUCAGCCAGCCCCAGUUUUGGACUGGUGUGUGAGGUAUGAAAUAGCACUCGGUACCGCCCAUGGGUUGGCGUAUCUUCACAAUGACUGCCGACCUGCAAUCAUUCACCGUGAUAUCAAGCCAAGUAAUAUAUUGCUAGACAAGGACAUGGUGCCACACAUAUCAGAUUUUGGCAUUGCAAAGCUCAUGGAUCAGCCUUCUGCUCCACAGACUACUGGAAUCGUUGGCACUGUUGGAUAUAUGGCACCAGAAUUGGCGUUUUCCACCAAGAGCAGCAUGGAGUCGGACGUGUACAGCUACGGCGUGGUGCUACUCGAGCUGCUCACCAGGAAGACGGCGGUGGACCCCUCCUUCCCGGACAACACGGACAUAGUCGGCUGGGUGUCCGCCGCGCUGAACGGCACCGACAAGAUCGAGGCCGUGUGCGACCCGGACCUGAUGGAGGAAGUCUACGGCACGGUGGAGAUGGAGGAGGUGCGCAAGGUCCUGUCGCUGGCGCUCCGGUGCGCGGCCAGGGAGGCCAGCCAGAGGCCGCCCAUGGCCGCCGUCGUGAAGGAGCUGACGGACACGAGGCCCGCCGCCGGCGCGGGCGGCCGGUCCUUGUUCAAGAAGCAGGGGAAACAGGGACCGGGGUCCCAGUCCCACAGCAGCUCGUACUGACAGUAGGAUUUCUGAUUCAGCCAAAGCUGUAGCUUGUAGUCUCUAGUGAAGAAGAGUGUAGUGUGUAACCUCUCUUGGUUCGAUUCUUGCGUAUACAUCCAUGAUUGAUCAAGGUGAAGGAAGAGGCUCAACCACGGCCAAUUUUUAUCGAGA